AUGUCAAAAUUCGUGCAAUUUUUCGCGUGGUUGGCAAUUUUCCAACUUUUCGCACACUGCUAUGUGCCUUUAAGGACGUUUGUGAGUUUUUUAGCCGAAGGUUCUUCUAAUUAUUGAUUUUUUCUAGAUGUCAAGUCAAAACGACGUGAUUUAUCCGCUUGGAGCGAAUUUGCGAUUGGGAGAUGGAAAUGCGUACUAUCAGGAUGAAAAUCGGUGAGUUUAGCUGGAAAUUUGGCUGAAAAUUGGGAAUUUCAGCUCAAUUUCAGCUUCAAAGAUCAAACCUGACUAAAAAUCCAGAUUUUCCAUCAAAUUUCGAGCUGCAGAGCUCAAAUUUGACCGAAAAUCUGAAAAUUUGGGCAUAGCUUCCGCGUCCCAGCCGAUUUCCUGCUGAAAAUCUGAAAUUAAAUCGAAAUUCCAGAUUUUCAGCAGGAAAACGACAAUUUUCAGUUGUAUAGCUCGAAUUUGACUGAAAAUCUCGAUUCUUCAUGUGAAAACACAAGUAAACUUGCAUUUUCCUAUGAAAAUUGAGAUUUUCAGUGAAAUCUUCACGUCAUUUUACAAGAAAAAUGUGACUAAGCACUUGAAUUUCAUUUUCAAGAUGUUUCUCAUAAAAAAAUCCAAUUUUUCAUCGAAAAUUUCGAAUUUCGAGCCAAAACACUACAUUUCAAGUGUUUGUUUUGGCUCGAAAACCAAAAAUUUCAUCAAAAUUUAUUUUUUUUUUCCCAAAAAUCUCCUGAAUUUCAGAUCAAAACGUGGAUUCGACAUGCUGAAAAGACGAUCUGAAAUCAUCGAAAGAAAUCGUUGUUUUUUCAAUCCAGUCUCUUGCUAUUAA